UAUGUGUGUGUGUGUAUGUGAUAUCCAGAGAGGAGCACUAGUGUGUGUAAGGUGUUAGGGAGCAGGGCUAAGAAUGAUGAUGGGUUGACCUGGGAAAGGCACAUCACCUGGAAACCUGAAGAACAUGGAAGUCAAAAAGGUCCUCCAUUUUGUGCCAUCUGAGACUCCAUCCACUGGGACAUCCAAGAAUGGCUAUGUUUUCCAGGAGAUGGAGCUGCGUGAUGGGGAGCAGGAGGACUCUGAGCAGCGCAGAGACUCCCCUGUCACUCACAAAGACCACAUCUAUGACAACCAGAUUCAGAUCAGUGUUUCAGAUCCUGACGGCCCCGGCUAUGGGCUUUUAAACACGACAAGAAAAUAUGUAAAGCCAAUGAACUUCCAAGAGGAAGUUCGGGGCCACAGGGACCUGGACGGCUUCUUGGCCGAAGCCAGCAUCCUAUUGGAUGAGAAAGCUGCCACUUUGGAUGAGGUCCUGAAGCGCAUGUUGACUCAUGUGGUGGAGAACGGCCAUGGAAGCUGCGAUGUGGAUGAGGUUAUGGACUCACUGUUCACAGAUGCAGGAGGGAAGGAGGUCAAUGUGCACCUUCUAUCAGAGACCAUUCAGGGUGUAACUGCUACUUCUACUGGCAUUCGCUACCAGCAGUCCUGGCUUUGUAUUCUCUCUAAUGUGAGGAGUCUCCAGAGACGUCACGUCUGCAUUGCCCGUCUGGAGAGGCCACAGAACUGGGGCGUCAACUGCUGUGAAGCUCGUUACGUCAUCCUCAUUCUUGCCCCUCCCAGAACGAAAAGCACGAAGACAGCCAUCGAGCUGGGCAGAACUUUUGCCACCAUGUUCUCAGGCAUUUCCUUCAGACAGAAGCUUCUGGAGACCAAGACCCAGGAGGAGUUCAAACAGGAACUGGUCUACCAGCGACAGCAGCUCUCCAUAGCCAGUGACAAACUGGUCAUAGAGGAAGUGGAGGACACAGACCCACGCAGAGGAAAAGCAAUCGCGUGCAGUGAUUUCUUCAAAGCUGGCAAGGGUGUUUACAAUGACCUUCGUCGAAGACUCCCUCUCUAUCCCUCAGACUUCACAGACGGUAUUAUUGGGAAAGACCGCUGUCUACUGAAAUACACCACCACUGCUAUUUUCCUCUACAUUGCAAUUCUACUGCCUGCUAUCGCCUUUGGCUCACUGAAUGAUGAAAGCACAAGAGGAGAAAUAGAUGUUCAGAAGACCAUUGUUGGGCAGAGCAUUGGAGGCGUGAUCUAUGCGUUGUUUGCUGGCUCACCCCUGGUCAUUCCACUGACCACUGCCCCUCUUGCCAUCUUCAUAAGCGUGAUCAGGGGGAUCUGUGAUGACUAUGACCUAGACUUUGCUGCUUUCUAUGCUUGCAUCGGCUUAUGGAACAGUUUGUUCCUCAUCCUUGGAGGCUUAUUCAAUGUCAGUCUGCUGAUGAAACUUUUCAAACGUUCAACAGAAGAAGUUAUUGCAUUGUUCAUCUCAAUAGCCUUUGUCGUGGAUGCACUGAAAGGCACUGCCAAAAUUUUUCAACACUUCUACCACGGGCCCACGCUGGCUUCUACAAACAGCACUCUGGUGAUUCAGCAUAUUAAGGAGAUUCUGGAGCAGGCUGAGAAUGCAACAGUAUCUGCGCUUGGGCAUGGGAACGAGACUGGACCGGUGACUGGGCAUGCAGAGGGGCACCUGUCAAUCAUCCUGCCUGAAUCUUUGGUGGUAUGCACCAGAGAGAGGCCCAUCCUCUGCCUGUUGCUCAUGCUAGGGACUUUGUGGCUGGGUUAUGCCCUCUACCUCAUCAAGAGGAGCCCAUAUCUGAAUGACAAAAUCAGAGAGGUGGUGUCUGACUGUGCUUUACCAAUCUCUGUGGUGAUAUUUUCUUUCAUCGGCUCCUACCUUUUUCUUGACAUACAACUCCCGGUGUUCAAUGUCUACGAUGGCCCAGUCUUCAAUUUCGCUCCAUUUGACAAGCUGACAGGAAUGAACACUCUCAGUGCUGUGGGCCUGGGCUUCCUCCUUGCAUUGCUCAUUUUCAUAGACCAGAACAUUGUCAUUUCACUCACACAUGUACCAGAACACAAGUUGCUAAAAGGCACAACGUUCCACUGGGACUUAAUGCUGACUGGCUUCAUCAACAUCCUCAUGUCCUGUCUGGGGUUGCCAUGGAUGCACGCUGCCUUCCCACAUUCCUCUCUGCACGCCCGUCAGCUGGCCAAAGUGGAACAGCAUGUCGAGAAUGGACACCUCUACACAACGAUUGUCAGUGUGAGGGAGACACGUUUGACCUCCUUGGCGGCCUACAUCCUGAUUGGCCUGUCGGUGUUCAUGCUGCCCGUCCCACUGCAGUGGAUCCCCAAGCCAGUCCUCUACGGCCUCUUCCUUUACAUCGCAGCUACUUCGCUUGACGGUAACCAGAUGGUGGACCGCAUGGCCCUGCUACUUAAGGAACAGACUUCCUAUCCUCCCACCCACUACAUCCGCCGUGUGCCUCAGAGGAACGUCCACUAUUUCACAGGGCUGCAGAUCAUGCAGCUGAUCAUUCUGUGUGCCUUUGGGAUGUAUCCUCUGCCCUACAUGAAGAUGGUCUUCCCCUUACUCAUGAUCUUGCUUGUCCCUGUCAGGACCAGCUUGCUUCCCAGAUUAAUUGAUGCCAAGUAUCUGGACAUCAUGGAUGCACAGCACAUGUAGAAACACUGAACUCUGUGGCAAACAGCCUCGUAUUCUCCAAAUGCAAGAGAACCAAAGCUAAAGUUCAAUGAUUGUGUUGCUGAUAUGAAACGCAACUGGACUGCAAGAUUUCAGUCUGCGCCCAUUUCUCUUGGAUGGCUGAAGUGUGCCUCUUUGGAGGAGUGACCAAUUUCAUCCCUCAUUUAAUUUCUCAUUGUGGAGCGCAUUUACAAUCAAUAUAGUUGCCUUUUAUAUUUAACAUAUUCCUAUGUCAUUAUUGUAUUUAACAAUAUAGCCAUGAAGGAUUUCAUCUGUUUUGUUACCCCCCACACCCCUUCCAGACACACCCACCCACACAGAGCCCUACUACUUGAAUUAACUUGUUCUUCUACUUGAAUUCAAAGUGGAGGUGAUUGGGGAUAUGUCAGUUUCAAAAUAAUUAUCUUUAUGACCCGAGAUUAUUCAGAAAUCAGUUAACAAACUUGUUCUGUUCAUUUAGACCUAAAAAAAAAAAAAAAAAAAAACACAGUGCAGUUUUGGCUGUGAGGAAAAGCACCAAAUAUUGUUAAUGUACAAUAUUAUGAGGCUUAUUUUUACUGUUCAUUGCAAUAUUGGAUUUAAAUCAAGCUGUUAACAAGCAAAUAAAACGCUUUGAGUCAA